GAGCACGACUUCCGGCCCGGAAGGAAGCCGCCGCCUUUUCUCCCACCCCGCCACGCGAGGCUGCGGCGCACGGUAUGGGUGUGUUUGUGUGUGUUUGUGUGGGGAGGGCGUUUGGAGGGAAGGCUGCCGGGAGCGCAGAGGCCGCGGCGGGGCCGGGAGCCCGCUGACAGACAUGGGGGUGUUCUUCCCGACUUCCCCUUGGAGACCUCCAGCUCCCCCUCAGGCACUCUAGACACUUCCCGGGGCCCAACGGAAGGCCGUGCCCAUGCCCUGUGUCCCCAUUCUGUCCCGGGAGUGAAACCGAGCCGCCGGGCGCCGUCCCAGCCCAGCGAGAGCGGGGAAUGCCCGGGUCCGCCCGCAGGCCGCGUUGCGCGCCUGCGCCGGUUCUGGCCCGGGUCCCGGAGGAAGCCGCCUGGCGGGCUCGGCUCGGGGAAGGCAGCCGUAGCCUGGGCCUCGGGUGAGGGCUCUGUAACCGGUGGGAAGGCUGCGUUUUCACGAAGGACUCGGGUGAAGCUGCAGAGCUGCCUUUCAGCCCUGACUCCUUGGCUUCCUGGGUCGGAGGAGAUCUUGUAAUGGAGUGGUUCUUCGUCUCACACUAACAGGAUGCCUGAUUUCCUCAGGAUCGAGGGAUUAAAGAAUGUCACGGGUUCCAUUGGGGAAAGUUCUCCUGAGGAAUGUCAUCCGGCAUACAGAUGCUCACAAUAAGAUUCAGGAGGAAUCCGAUAUGUGGAAAAUCAGAGAACUAGAGAAGCAGAUGGAAGAUGCUUACCAUGGGACCAGAAGGAAUACAGUACCCAGCAGCUCAAGUCGGAUGAGAAGUGAUGGUUUUGAUGAAGAAAGUCAGAGAGACUACUGGAGGCCAAAGAAUGAAAUUUCUGGGGCCCUGGAAGAUGAUUUUCUUAAGGCUAAAUCUUGGAACAAGAAAUUAUAUGAUUAUGAAUCCAAUAUACCAGACAGAUGGGGUCACAGUGGUUAUAAAGAGUUGUAUCCUGAAGAGUUUGAAACAGACAGUAGUGAUCAGCAAGACAUUACCAAUGGGAAAAAAACAUCUCCCCAGGAGAAAUCAUCUGCCCAUGAAUCCCGAAAACAUAAGAAGUCAAAGAAAUCCCAUAAAAAAAAGCAGAAAAAACGGUCACACAGAAAACAGAAGAAAAACAAAAGGGAAGCUACGGACAUAACAGCAGAUUCCUCAAGUGAGUUCUCAGAAGAAACUCGGGCUUCUAGUACCAGGAAAAGGAAGCAACCACAUAAGAGCAAGAAAAAGUCCAGGAAAAAGUCUCCUAAAAAAUCUUUACCUUUAGGGGAAGAAAGUGGUACUUCCCAGUCAGAUGAUUCAGCAUCUAGCAGUUCUGAGGAAAUUGAGGAAAGAGACACUAAGAAAACCAAAAGGAAAAAGAAAGAGAAAAGUGUCCACGUUCCCAUGGCUAGCCCUGAAGAACAGAGGACAAGCAAGCGCAGGAAUUGGAAAGUGGCUGCGGAUGCAAGGUCUGCGGAGAGCUCAGAGGAUGACUAAUGGGAAAUAGCAGCCUCGCUUCCUGCUGACUCUGGUCACUUGCCACUCUUCAAAACGGGGUUUGCCAGUGACUCCUGCAGCAUAGGAGUCUAAUGUCAGAGCUGUCGUGCCACAGAUACCUUUUUUCCUACUUUGAUAGUUAAUCUCCAUCCCCUUUUGUUGUUAAUAGGGAAUCUGGUAUUUUGUUGAGGUUUCUUGAAGAGAUUUUUUUUUUCCCCAAUUAAUCACUUAGGGUAGAAUACCUAUACAGCAAAUUAAAGAACCCAGAAAGCUGAACUCAGUAAUGACCUGGGUACACCAAUUGGAAUGUUGGAUUUGGGGGAAUCAAGGGUCUGGGAUGAAGGAGGAGGAUUUUGAGUAGUGCUAGAUAGAAUGGCUUGACGAGGUACCCUGCUUUCAGCUUUGGUGCUUUGGUUCUUCUGUAGUUGGGCCUACAGGUAUCUAGUUUACUUAGUGAGGAAUUGGUUAUAAAAAGAAACCUUUUCCCUUCAUGGUAAUAUCCGCAGAUGAUUGCUAUGGUUUUCUGCCUAAUUUCCCUGCUGGUCAGGGUCUACAGCUACAUUUAGUAUAACCCAAACAUGACAGUAACUGGAUAGUAAAUGGUUUUCUAAUUCCAUUGCUGUAUAUUGCCUAAAUGGGUUUGUGUUUGAAAUGAAAUUAUUUAGUUGUCCUAUCUAUCAAAUGGAAAGAAUUAGGAGUAGUCAUGUUGCCAGUAAUGCUUUCAAAGAUAUUCAGGGCAACAACCAUCUAAAUGUCUUUUUUUUUUUUUUUUUUUCUUUUUGCCCAAGUUAGGGAUUGAACUGAAGGCCUUGCAUAUAUUAAGCAAGUGCUCUACCACUGAGCCAUACUCCCCAAGCCCGGUUGUUUUCCUUGUUCAUUUCUAAUUCUAUUAAUGAAUUUUAGAUUUUUCCCUGAAACCAGUUGAAUCAAUUUCAAAAUGAAACACACUUCUCAGGGACAUACCCACUUCUUCCCAGUCUGACUUUAUGUUAUGAUUAUCAAGAAGAUAUUAUUUCCCCUUGCUACAUACUGUGAUCCUCAUACUUAAAAAAAAACAAAACAAAACAAAAAAAACCCAAAAUACCACUGGAAAGUGGCUGGCAGAAUAGUAGACUUUUCAUUAAGAGGAAAGAUGAAGUGACAUUGUCAGGGUUUUUAUCUUUGAGCUCACUUGGUCCUGAGCGAAAAGCAUGAAAACUCAGACUUAAGACUGUUGGUCACGGUUCUGCCACUAAUUGAGUUCUAGAGCAGGUUAAGCUAACCUCCCUGGCCUUACAUUUUUUUGCAUGUGUAAUCCAAAAAUACUUCAUGGUUAGCAUGACAGACACCAGCAAUAGAAUACAACUAUGCUGACAUCCCAUGAAGUGGCAUUUUAUAGUUCUAACUAAAUUUGUGCUCUUUAUGGAACAUAUUUCUAAUAAAGUGCUUGUUCUUAAAACA